AUGACAGAAGAAAAAUUUGAGGUUCCCCCAGACGUCAACUUAUCGUUAUGGAGAAAAAAUGCAGUGGAAAGUGAUGUGCAUCGAUUCAAUUCUCUUCCAUCAAAAAUUAGUGGAGCUCUCACUAGAGAACAGAUUUAUUCAUACCAGGUCAUGUUCAGAAUUCAGGAAAUUACCAUCAAGCUCCGUACGAAUGAUUUUACUCCUCCCUCAAGAAAAAACAGAUCGCCUUCUCCUCCGCCAGUUUAUGAUGCCCAGGGCAAGAGAACGAAUACUCGUGAAGAGAGAUAUAGAAAGAAAUUAGAGGAUGAACGUAUUAAGUUAGUUGAAAUCGCAGUAAAGGCUAUCCCUUACUUCGUCCCUCCAGAUGAUUACAGAAGGCCAACAAAAUUUCAGGAUAAGUAUUAUAUCCCCGUAGAUCAAUAUCCAGAUGUUAAUUUUGUUGGCUUGUUGUUAGGCCCUCGUGGGCGUACUUUGAGGAAAUUACAGGAGGAUUCUAACUGUAAAAUCGCAAUUAGAGGUAGAGGUUCGGUUAAAGAAGGUAAAAACGCAAGUGACCUACCUCCAGGUGCUAUGAAUUUCGAGGAUCCAUUGCACUGUUUGAUUAUCGCAGACUCAGAAGAUAAGAUUCAAAAAGGCAUAAAGGUAUGCCAAAACAUUGUUAUAAAAGCAGUGACAUCUCCCGAAGGUCAAAAUGAUUUGAAACGAGGUCAACUGAGAGAAUUAGCAGAACUUAAUGGUACUUUGAGAGAAGAUAACAGGCCUUGUCCAAUUUGUGGCUUGAAAGAUCAUAAAAGGUAUGAUUGCCCAAAUAGAAAAGUCCCAAAUAUACAAGGCAUCGUAUGCAAAAUAUGUGGACAAACAGGACAUUUCAGUAGAGAUUGCAUAUCAUCAUCUCAAAGAAUGAGCCGUUUUGACAGAAACGCUUCGGUCAGUAAUAGCGCGCCAAUACAGAGCAACAACGUCAACUAUAAUAAUAGUACCUACCCAGUUCAAGCGCCAAAAAGAUCUCGUUUUGAUAAUUCGGUAGAUGCCACUCAAAGAUUUCAACCUUCAUCACGUUAUGUACCAACACCGUCGCCACCUGCGUCAGACGUUCCAAGGCAAGCGCAAAAAGUGACGCCUACGCCGCCUCCUGGUCUAACUCAAAGUAAUUUCAGCACCGGUGUUCCAGGAAUGGCUCCUCCAGCACUGCAAAACCCGCCAGAUUCGGUGCAAACCAAGUUUGCCCUACCCCCUCCCCCUGGUAUGAGCACAGUACAAUCUCCAAUCAUACCUCCUCCUGGACUAAACGGUCCACCAGGAUUUUCUAAUACUACGAACAAUGACCUUAACAAAACGAAACCUCCAGGACUUCAAGGCCCCCCAGGACUAUAA